GUGUGCCCACAUGCUUUAAAAUGUUCCGUUAGCCGGUCAGUCCACAUAACGAGAACGAGCAAGCGAGGAACUGCCAUCAACAGACGAAAAUAUCGCCCAAGGAGAGAUAAUGGUGAACUCAACUCAGUGCAACCAGGAAGGUGCACGCAUUGGUAGCCUUGCCAACAACAGCAGCUCGAGCAGCGUCUGCAGCAGCGCGAGGAGGAGACCACACUGUGUCCCCGCGGUCACUCUCGCGGUCCUCCUAAUCACUGCCGUGUCAGUCUGCAGAAGUGCUCCAGUGGUCCAUGAAGGCCCAGAGGUGCAGCUGGAGCUCCAAGUCCUGAAGCAGAUAGACCAUGUCUGCUCCUCGUUGCUCUCUCUGGAACAGCAGCCUCAGGCACCAGAUUCCCUGGAAGAGCUUUGCUACCUGAUCAUGGGGGGUGUGAGGAAAUCCCAGGGUCUGAAAGAGAGGGAGAACUCAAAGCGGUUUUUAUUCCAUUACACUAAGCCACAAGGCUCCGCUCCCUCUGACAUCACGGUAAGUCUAACCUCACCUUGCGGCUUCCCAUUGCCCUUCCAUUGCGUUUUUAUUUUAUCAUUACUUUACUUUAAUUCAGACAGUAAAGGUGAGCUUAAGUUCGGCUUUAAUUCAGACUAUAAAGAUGAGCCUAGGUUCUGCUUUAACCUAGGCUGUGAAGAUGAGCCUCUGUAAUACUCUCAGUUUGUCAUUUCCUUGCACUUUCAGUCACCAGUAAAUCAGCUGAUCAGAGCCGUUGCAUUGUGAGAGCUCCCCUUCAUUUUUAACCCAGUCAGGGUUAGGGUUAGGGUUAGGGUUAGGGUUACCCUAACCCUAACCCUAACCCAGUCAGGGUAACUUAAAGUGAAUCCUCGAAGUUACAGACCAGCUGCUCAAUAGAAGCUCAAGAUUGCCAUAUAUAACAAUACAGCCACACAAAUUCAGUCAUUAAUGGAUUGACAUUCUGAAUACUGAAUUAUUUUAACUUCACUUCAUUUCUACGCAGCCUCCAUUCCAAAUGUAUUUGUAUCUCUGGGGUUCUAAAGGUGUAAUGUCUCAUUGAGUUAUUGGCCAGCAACCCCACAUGAUGGUUCAUGAUGGGCCAGCAGCUCCACAGGGUGGUUUAUGAUUGGCCAGCAGUUACAGAGGAUGGUUCAUGAUUGGCCAGCAGCUCCACAGGGUGGUUUAUGAUUGGUCAGCAGUUCCAGAGGGUGGUUCAUGAUUGACCAGCAGUCCCACAGACACACAGAAGUAUAUGCGCAUGCACGCACAUACACACACAUACACAUCAGCUCUUAACACCUUGCUUGCAUGUGUUGUGCUUUUCCUGUGAGCUGUGAGCUGUGUGUGUGUGUUUAUACCUGGGUCUGUGUGUGUGUGUGUGUGUGUGUGUGUGUUUAUA